GAAAACCUCUCUCUUUUAUAAUAUUCUUCUCUCAUUUUGAUUAGAACAAUGACUUCAUGUUCUAAUAAUCCCAUUGUUUAUACUUUUAUACUUCUCCUAUUGAUCGGUAAUACGAUUGCAUUUUCUUCGAGUUCGUUGCCGCAUGUUCAAGAUCCGAAUCUAGUAGUCGACGAAGUUAAUAGAAGUGUAUUCAAUGCGUCAAGGAGGAGCCUGGCCUACCUAUCUUGUAGAACCGGAAAUCCAAUCGAUGAUUGUUGGCGAUGCGACCCACAUUGGGAGACAAACCGCCAAAGACUAGCUGAUUGUGCAAUCGGUUUUGGCAAAAAUGCUAUUGGAGGCCGUGAUGGUCGAAUUUACGUGGUUACAGAUCCGGUCAACGACGAUCCAGUAAACCCUAGACCAGGAACACUAAGACAUGCAGUCACACAAGAAGAACCAUUGUGGAUCAUUUUCAAGCGAGAUAUGGUCAUUAGGCUCAAGAAAGAACUCAUCAUCACAUCUUUCAAGACCAUUGAUGGUAGAGGCUCAAGUGUUCACAUUAGCAAUGGACCUUGCAUUAAGAUCCACUAUGCAACUAACAUCAUCAUCCAUGGCAUCAACAUCCAUGACUGCAAACCAGGUUCAGGUGGCAUGAUUAGAGAUGGUCCACGUCAUACCGGAUGGUGGGUACCGUCGGAUGGAGAUGCCGUGGCGAUAUUUGGAGGGACACACGUAUGGAUUGACCAUUGUACGUUGUCAAACUGUGAUGAUGGUCUCAUAGACGCCAUACAUGGUUCGACGGCUAUCACCAUAUCGAACAACCACAUGACGCACCAUGACAAGGUCAUGCUUUUAGGGCAUAGCGAUAGUUAUACACAGGACAAGAACAUGCAAGUCACCAUUGCGUUUAACCAUUUCGGAGAAGGGCUCGUUCAAAGGAUGCCACGGUGCAGGCAUGGAUAUUUUCAUGUGGUGAACAAUGAUUAUACUCACUGGGAAAUGUAUGCAAUCGGUGGAAGUGCAUCUCCGACGAUAUACAGCCAAGGCAAUAGAUUUCUCGCUCCUAACACUCGAUUUAAUAAAGAGGUUACAAAACAUGAAGAUGCACCCGAAAGUCAAUGGAGAGAUUGGAACUGGAGAUCGGAAGGGGAUCUGUUGUUGAACGGAGCUUAUUUCCGGCAGUCCGGUGGUGGAGCUUCGUCAACUUAUGCAAGAGCUUCGAGCCUGAGUGCGAGGCCAUCGUCCCUUGUUGGUUCCAUCACGACAACGGCAGGCACUCUUAGCUGUCGACGAGGUCGUCGCUGUUGAUGAUAAUGAAAUCAUUAAGAGAGAAAAGGAUCAUUGUGUAUGCAAUGGUUCGUAUGUUAAGUGUUCACGAAUGGUAAGAGUGUUUUUUUCUUUCUCUUUUUAAAACUUUCAAUGUACUGUUACAAGUGUAAUGCGUCUGCUAUGUCUCUAGACAUUUGCAAGAGAUGAAUUUCAAAUUUUAUAUCAAUAUA